UCCGCUUGGCAAGGCAGCCUUGCUCCAGUCUGGCUCCCCUUCGGAGCUGGAGGCAGCAAGGAAGGAGAGGAGGAUGCCCCGCCAAGAGCCUCUGCUCCGGCUGCAGGAAGAGCAGCGCUGCUAGCCUCCUCCGGCCGCUCUCCCCCGGACUCUCCCCCAGCCUCCGCUUCGGGUUUCCCUCCCGAAGGAUGAGCAGCUCAGCCCCCGAAGAAGCCCCAGGGAGACGCCGCCCGGAGGAGCAGGAAACAAAUACUGUGUUUGGAAAGCUUGGAAGAUAAGUGGAUGCACCUUGAGACCACAAUUUCUUCAGAGGAUGGAAGCUUACCACUAAAUCCUUAAUUAAGCAGAGAGUCAGCUGCCAGAUACAAUAAACAGCUUCUGAUAUGAAUUUGGUGUGAUGGUAUAGAAUGCUUGAUUCUGCUUUCAACGUCGCAUGGAUUUUUAGUGUCCCAAAAGCAUAUAACUUAGAAAUCAUGAAGAAGCCCUGGAGUCCUAGUUCAUCCCAAGACAAUGUUCCCUAUGCUGCAGAUUUCACUUGUUUGCAUGAAAGAGAAGGUGAGGCAGAAUUAACACCUGAUGCCAAUGAAGAAAAAAAAGAAAGGGAGAAGAAACAUGUCAGUUUUACUUUAUGCAAUGUGUGCAACAUUCAGCUGAACUCUCCUGCUCAAGCUCAGAUCCACUAUAAUGGGAAAUCACACCAGAAAAGAUUAAAACAGCUCAGCAAUGGGAAUCUAAAAAAUGACCAUGGAGGUACAUGCCAGAGCCCUGCCCUUCCAGCCCUGGUACGUCCUCCAGCUCCACCUUUACAGCCAUCGCUGGAUAUCAAGCCGUUUCUUCCAUUCCCUCUGGACACUGCAGCAGCUGUCAAUCUCUUCCCCAACUUCAAUGCAUUUCAGAACAAGAACAUGCACAUCUCUUGGCCACAGUUCUGCAACUCAGUUAUAUCCAAAAAAAUGCCAGGGCUGGCUCUGGGUAGAGAAGAUUCAAAAGAGAUGGACCCAAUUCAAAAAGCUGUAAUAAAUCAUACAUUUGGGGUACCUCUUCCUCACAGAAGAAAGCAAAUCAUAUCGUGCAACAUCUGCCAAUUAAGAUUUAAUUCAGAUAGCCAGGCUGCGGCCCACUACAAAGGCACUAAACAUGCCAAGAAGCUCAAAGCACUGGAAGCCAUGAAAAAUAAGCAGAAAUCUGUAACUACCAAGGACAGCGCAAAGACUACCUUCACUUCCAUCACUACCAAUACCAUCAAUACCAGCUCUGACAAAACAGCAGACACAACAACAGAGGCACCAGCAAUAUCAACAACCACAAUGGUUGAAAUUCGGAAGAGCAGUGUCAUAACAACUGAAAUCACCUCUAAAGUAGAGAAACUCCCCACAACAGCCACUAGCAGCAACACAUGCUCCUUGGGAGAGACAGAGGAAGAGAAGGCCAAGCGGCUCCUUUAUUGUUCACUAUGCAAAGUUGCUGUCAACUCAGCCUCGCAACUGGAGGCACACAACAGUGGCACAAAGCACAAAACUAUGCUAGAAGCUCGAAAUGGAAGUGGAACAAUCAAAGCCUUUCCCAGGGCAGGAGUCAAAGGGAAAGGACCCAUUAAUAAAGGAAAUACAGGACUUCAGAACAAAACAUUUCACUGUGAAAUUUGUGAUGUGCACGUAAACUCAGAGACACAACUUAAACAGCACAUAAGCAGUAGAAGGCACAAAGACAGAGCUGCUGGGAAGCCCCCGAAACCCAAAUAUAGUCCUUACAACAAACUCCAGAAGGGAACGCACCCGCUUGGCGUAAAACUUGUAUUUACAAAGGAACCUUCAAAACCAAUGGCUCCACGGAUCCUACCUAACCCAUUGGCAGCUGCUGCAGCAGCUGCUGCUGUGGCUGUAAAUUCUCCCUUCAGCCUUCGAACCGCCCCACCAGCAACCCUCUUUCAGACUUCAGCACUUCCUCCGGCUCUUCUUCGACCAGCCCCUGGGCCUAUACGGACCACCCACACGCCUGUCCUCUUUGCCCCAUAUUGAACUCAACAGAGGAAUUAAUUGUACUGCAAUAAUUUUUCAGAGCAAGAGCAAAACAAGAACAAUGAACUAUGCAGUGUUAAUUUAUAGUUUAAAGUUUUAAAAAAUAUAUAUGUAUAAAUAUAUAUAUAUGUGUGUUAAAAAAAUAUGAAGUGCUAGGACUUUUGAUAAGAGCACUGAACAAAUUCUAAAGAGGGGAAAGAGUCAGCAUUUUCUCCAGAUGAGUCAUCCUCUUGAAUACUGACAAUUUUAGCAGAGAUUCUGCAACAUUGGUUCAUAGUUAUAUAAAUAUAUACAUAUAUAUAUUAAAAAUGUACAAAAUCAUUUUGACUGUGCUUUUUGGCACAUAUCUCCCUUGCAAUGGCAUUCUUGCUUAAGAAACAACUAAACGGAAUUGUCUAAAGGGCAUUAGCUGGCUACAGUGUACAUAAAAUACUUAAUUCUGUAGAAUAAAAGGAGGGGGGAUCAAACACUGUGAAUAGUAGUAACUCUUACCGAUGGUCCUGCCAAGACAGCAUUUCCUGGGUAUUUAUCUGAGUAAAACGUAGAUGCAAUAGAUGUCUUGUUAAACACUAGUAUUGUGUCUCUAUGUAUGCCACCAGAUUCAUGAAUGAAGGAGACAUUAAUCCAUCAUCUCUCUUUGAUAAGCCACCACAAUGAUCAUAAGUUUAGAUAGCCUUCUGGGCAAAUUUACCCUGAGAAUAAGUCUUGAUUAUUCACAGCCGGGCCUAUGUCUGAAUAAAGGUGCAUAAAGCUGCAGUAUUAGUCUCUGUCCAGUUUUAAAAUGAUGUGAACAGUGACAUUUUGGAACUUUGGAAGAGAAAUUAAGAGAGGAAUAAUCUCAUUGCAAGUACUAAGAACUUAGAAACAGAGCCAAAAGAGUAGCAGUUUUCUCUGUGCCUUAUCACAUGCAGUCAUAGCAAUCUCUUUCCUGGGAGACAGCUGUACAAGCGUGCUUUUUGUCAAAUGUACUUUCCCAGCUAGAAAAAGGAUGUGCUUUGAAAACCAUCUCCCAAGGAAAGAGAACUGAAGUAAUACAAUGUUAUGAGGUAAGGCACAGAGGAAGUCACUACUCUUGCUCUGUUUUCAUUUUGUUUUCUCACAUGAUAAGGCUCUAAAUGAGCAGCACUGGAACUGAAUAGAACAAGGUGGCAUUUUUGGGAAUAUAAAUCCCAGAAUCCACUGAUGGAGUCAGGAAUUGUACAGUGGACCCUUUCCAUUUGCAGGGGUUCGGGUCUGGGAGC